GGUUUCUUCCUGGAGCCGGUGUCGGGCGCGGCGGCGGGCAGGCCGGGCCAUGUGAUGCCGGAUCCAGCGGCAGCCGACAGGCGCGGAGUAAGCGGGGCGUCCCCAGCGGCGGGCGCAGCCAGCCCGGCCCCGGAGCGCGGCUUCGGCUCCGCCCCCUCGCGCCGGCCGGGCCGCGCCGCAGCCGCCGGGCGUGGGCCGCUUGGGGAGAGCCUCCCGGGCUCCGGCGGCGCGUUCCGAGCGCCCGCGGGCUGGGCGCCGGGGCAGCGCCUCGCUCGGGCGCCGGAGGCUGCGGGGCCGCAGCUCCGGAUGCGGAAACCAUGGAGCUGAACUGCAGCGAAGUACCUCUGUAUGGGCAGAUGACGGUCUGCGCGAAGUUUGGCAAAAAUGUUUAUCUUCCUAAAGAUGCUGAGUUUUACUUUAUUUAUAAUGGAUCUCAUCAGAGACACAUCGUGAUUGCAGAGCGCACAGAGGAUAAUGUUCUCCAGUCCAGCAUUCCAGGCCACGGGCUUCAGGAGACGGUGACCGUGUCUGUGUGCCUCUGCUCGGAAGGUUACUCCCCGGUGACCAUGGGCUCUGACUCCGUGACCUAUGUGGACAAUAUGGCCUGCAGGCUGGCCCGCCUGCUGGUCACCCAGGCCGAUCGCCUCACUGCCAGUAGCCACCAGACCUUGCUGACCCCGUUUGCCCUGACGGCGGGGGCAUUGCCCGCUCUGGACGAGGAGCUUGUGCUGGCCCUGACUCAUCUGGAGUUGCCGCUGGGGUGGACCGUCUUGGGGAAUUCUUCACUGGAAGUUUCCCUGCCUAGGGAGUCUCUUCUGCACCUGGCUGUGAGAUGGGGCCUCACUAAGCUUUCCCAGCUCCUCCUGUGUCUCCCUGGGGGAGUCCAGGCCCUGACUUUGCCUAACGAGGAGGGUGCCACACCAUUAGACUUAGCUUUACGUGGCGGACACUCCAAGCUGGUUGAAGACAUCACAAACUUCCAGGGCAGACGUUCCCCAGGUUUCUCCCGCCUCCAGCUCAGCGAAGAUGCCUCUCUGCUGUAUAUUCACUCAUCAGAAACCCUGACCCUGACGCUUAACCACACAGCCGAACAUUUGCUGGAGGCAGAUAUUAAACUCUUCAGAAAAUACUUUUGGGAUAGAGCCUUUCUCAUCAAGGCUCUUGAAGAGCUAGAAACCACGUCAGAGGAGAAACCAGAUAUGCCCUCCAGGGCUGCGGAAACUGAAGGAGGUAUACAUGCUCCUUCCCCACCUGGGGAGCUCAGAAAGUACUCAGGAUUCGUUAGUCAACUGGGAGUUGAAGUGUGUGGAGGAGGAGAGCAGGAGCCGAUGGACUCGGAGGCCAGAGUAGGGUGCUCUGGGGCAGCAGGGCCCAGAGUUCCUCCAGCAGCGCUGAUCAAAGAGAUUAAGAAUUCGGGGUGCAGCAGAUCAUCACCUAGGAAGGAGGAUGUAAAGCGUGUGAAAAGCCCGGUGGUUCCACUGAAUGAAGACGAGGACCAGGACAGGCUAGAUUUGGAUCGUUCCUUUGAUGCCCUCAAAAAAUCCAAGCACCCGCCAACAUUUCUUGCAGCUGGUCAGCUCUCUGACAUGCUGAAUGGUGGUGAUGAAGUCUAUGCUAACUGCAUGGUGAUAGAUCAGGUUGGUGAUUUGGACAUUAACUAUAUUAAUAUAGAGGGACUCCCUGCAAAUACCUGUCUUGAAUCUAUGGGUUCUUCUUUGGGGCCUGCGAGCAGCAAACGCAUCCUUCCUACUGAAGCCAGCGCUGGCACAUACCCUCCAAAUAAGAACACAGAAGUGACGUCACACACGGAAACCCCAGCGUCUUUCAUAUCAUCAUCUAGUUCAUAUGCUUCCAAUUUGAAUCUUUCUUUUGGUCUUCGUGGAUUUGAAAAGGAGCAAAGUCAUCUAAAGAAAAGAAGUUCCAGCCUUGAUGCCCUGGAUGCUGACAGUGAAGGAGAGGGCCAUUCGGAGCAGUUGCACAAUUGCUACACUCCAGCGUGUCAGAGUUCCUCGAGAGCUGGCAUUACUAGUGGGGAUGAAUUGGACUCUUUUGAGACCAACACUGAACCAGAUUUUAAUAUCUCCAGGACGGAAUCAUUUUCUUUAUCAAGUAACCUGCAGCUGAAGGAAUCAUUGUUUUCUGGAAUCCGUUCACGUUCGUAUUCCUGCUCAUCACCCAAAAUUUCUUUAGGAAAAACUCGAUUGAUCCGUGAUUUUACAGUGUGUAAUUCAGUUGAAGAGCAAAGAGCCUACAGCUUGCCGGAGCCACCAAGAGAAAAAAGAAUUCAGGAAGAAGAAUGGGAUAAAUACAUCAUACCUGCCAAAUCAGAAUCUGAAAAAUACAAAGUGAGCCGAACUUUUAGCUUCCUCAUGAACAGGAUGACCAGUCCUCGGAAUAAAUCGAAGACAAAAGGCAAGGAUGCCAAAGACAAAGAGAAACUGACUCGACAUCAGUUUGUCCCUGGAACUUUCUCUGGGGUUCUGCAGUGCUUGGUUUGCGAUAAAACGCUCCUGGGGAAAGAGUCAUUCCAGUGUUCCAACUGUAAUGGAAAUGUACAUAAAGUCUGUAAAGAUGCUGCCCCUCCGUGUACCAAGAAAUUCCAAGAGAAAUAUAAUAAGAACAAACCACAGACCAUCCUUGGAAAUUCUUCGUUUCGAGACGUCCCAUCGCCUGGGCUCUCCUUGCACCCUUCCUCCUCCAUGCCUAUCGGCUUGCCGACGGGGAGGAAGGAAAUGGCCGGGCAAGUGCAUCCCUUGUCCAGAAGCGUCCCGGGCGCCACCGUGGAAAGCUUCAGGAGGCCGGGGGCACCCUUGGACUCCGAGAAUGACGGCAGCGCCUGGAGAAGCAGGUCUCACUCUGACGAGCUGUUCCAGCCCAUGGGCUCAUCCCCCUCCACGGACUCCUUCUUAACGGAAGAUGUCGUGGAUUCGUCUCUGUGGAGUGACCUCAGCAGUGACGCCCAGGAGUUUGAAGCAGAAUCUUGGAGUCUGGUGGUGGACCCUUCAUUUUGCAGUCGGCAGGAGAAGGAUGUCAUCCAAAGACAGGAUGUCAUUUUUGAGCUAAUGCAGACAGAAAUGCAUCACAUCCAGACCCUGUUCAUCAUGUCUGAGAUCUUCAGGAAAGGGAUGAAAGAGGAGCUGCAGCUGGACCACAGCACUGUGGACAAAAUCUUCCCCUGUUUAGAUGAGUUACUUGAAAUCCACAAGCAUUUCUUCUAUAGUAUGAAGGAGCGAAGGCAGGAAUCCUGUGUUGGCAAUGACAGGAAUUUCAUCAUCAACCGAAUUGGAGAUAUUCUAGUACAACAGUUUUCAGAAGAAAAUGCAAAUAAAAUGAAGAAAAUAUAUGGGGAAUUCUGUAGCCAUCACAAAGAGGCUGUUAGCCUCUUUAAAGAACUCCAGCAGAAUAAAAAGUUUCAGAAUUUUAUUAAGCUCCGAAAUAGUAAUCUUUUGGCUCGACGCCGAGGAAUUCCAGAAUGCAUUCUGCUGGUCACUCAGCGCAUCACAAAAUACCCUGUUUUGGUGGAAAGGAUAUUGCAGUACACAAAGGAGAGCACUGAAGAACAGAAAGACUUAUGCAAAGCUCUUUGCUUAAUUAAAGACAUGAUUGCAGCUGUGGAUUUAAAAGUCAGCGAAUACGAGAAAAAACAGAAAUGGCUUGAGAUCCUAAAUAAGAUUGAAAACAAAACGUACACUAAGCUCAAAAAUGGCCAUGUGUUUAGGAAACAGGCGCUGAUGAGUAAAGAGAGGACCCUGUUAUACGAUGGCCUUGUCUACUGGAAAACUGCUACAGGUCGUUUCAAAGAUAUCCUAGCUCUACUUCUAACUGAUGUGCUGCUCUUUUUACAAGAAAAAGACCAGAAAUACAUCUUUGCAGCUGUUGAUCAGAAGCCAUCAGUUAUUUCCCUUCAGAAGCUCAUUGCUAGGGAAGUUGCAAAUGAGGAGAGAGGGAUGUUUUUGAUCAGCGCUUCAUCUGCUGGUCCUGAGAUGUAUGAAAUCCAUACCAACUCCAAGGAGGAAAGAAAUACCUGGAUGAGACGGAUCCAACAGGCAGUAGAAAGUUGCCCAGAAGAAGAAGGGGGAAGGACAAGUGAGUCUGAUGAAGAGAGGAAGAAAGCUGAAGCCAGAGCAGCGAAGAUUCAGCAAUGUCAAGAAAUACUCAGUAACCAAGAUCAACAAAUUUGCACAUAUUUGGAAGAGAAGCUGCAUAUCUAUGCGAAACUUGGAGAACUGAGUGGAUAUGAGGAUGUCCAUCUAGAGCCCCACCUCCUCAUUAAACCAGACCCUGGAGAGCCUCCCCAGGCAGCCUCAUUACUGGCCGCAGCACUGAAAGAGGCUGAGAGUCUGCAAGUGGCAGUGAAGGCUUCCCAGAUGAGCGAUGCGUGUCAGUCUGCUGAGGAAGGUUGUGGAGAACCUGCUCUGCCGGACGUGCUCACCUCUCAGGACGCACCAGGACCGGCUACUGCUUCACUAGUCACAGAAGGGACAGGAGGAAGAGGCUGUUGGGAUGUGGAUGCCGGGACCCAGGGUGUGGGAACCGACCUGGCGGUUUCUGAUGCGGGGGAGAAGGUGGAAUAUAGAAGUUUCCCAGGUUCUUGGCAGUCAGAGAUUAUACAAGCGAUACAGAAUUUAACUCGUCUCUUAUAUAGCCUUCAGGCCGCCUUGACCAUUCAGGAUAGCCACAUUGAGAUCCACAGGCUGGUUCUCCGGCAGCGGGAGAGCCUGGCCCCGGGCCCCGCGUUCCGAGGCAGCCCCUUUCAGGACCAGGAGAAGUCCCGCAGCCUGGAGAAGCAGCGGGAGGAGCUGGCCGACACCCACAAGCUGCAGCUCCAGUUCCAGCAAGACCAGCAGCGCUGGCUCCGCAGGUGCGACCUGCAGCAGCGCGAGCAGGAGGCCCGGGCCAGCCGGCUGCGGGAGCGCGAGAGGGAGUGCCGGGCGCAGGAGGAGCUGCUGCUCGGGAGCCGCGGCGAGCUGGCCCAGCAGCUCCAGGACUACCAGCAGAGCCUGGAGCGGCUGCGCGAGGGCCAGCGCCUGGUGGAGAGGGAGCGCGAGAGGAUGCGGGCCCAGCAGAGCCUGCUGCGCCGCUGGAAGCACGGCCGGCAGAGCAGCCUUCCCGCCGCGUUUUCUCCAGGAACCCUGGAGGUAAUGGAACUUAAUCGAUCUGAGACUUUAUGUCACGAAAAUUCAUUCUUCAUCAAUGAAGCCUUAGUGCAAAUGUCACUUAACCCUUUGAACAAAGCGACACCACCAGAUUUCCAUCAGGAUGCCGCUUACCCCCCAGGCAUAUCUCAUUCUGAUUUGGUAAGGACUAGUGAAAAUCAAGUAGACCUCAAGAUGGACGUUUCUCAACCCUCAGAUGUCAACCAUGAACUGUGGAUAGCGGCUGGGGCCUGUCAUCAGAUACCCCCUCUCCACCAAAGCAGCAAGGAUUCUUGUAAAAAUGAUUUGAACGUCUCUCAGACUGCAUACCCACCCCUCCACGACACAAAUCCACAUGGCCCUCGGCUGCAGACGUUUAUAGCAGAAGAAAAGCUAAGUCUACAGACAGUGACCAGACAAGACGGGGAAACUGGAAAUGGAGCAGAAGAAAACAUUGUUUACCUCUAAUUGUGUUGUUAUUUUUCCAAGUGAGACAACAUACUCGCAUUUGGGGGAGAUUUUUUUUUUUCCUUUCUUGAUGUGUGUGACUGUCCAAAUUACUUUAGGAGUAAUGUUUGAUAUUUUGGGCAGGUUUAUUUGAGGGGCAUGAGUCUAAUAAUUAAAUUAUUGAAAACAACUGUGUAUCAUCAUUAACUUAUCACACCUAAUUUCAGAUUUCUGGAGGAGAAAUUGACUUUAGAUAAGCAGGAACAAUUUCAAAGUUAUUGGAACCCUAGAGUAGAAUCCCACAUAAUGUUUUCUACUCGGUCAUCUGUGUUUUGGAAUGCCUCUUAAGAUCUAGAUGAAGCACUUUGGAUGGAAAGAGUAAUAUAAUGGGCAAACUUUCACAAUCAUGGCAGCUGAUUAGGGAGAGUGACCUCAGGGCUCUCAAAGGCAGAGAAAGAUGUAGGGAAAACCUUUUCUUGGCUAAUCUUGGGACGUCAAAGGGGUCACUCAUGGUGGUGAGAUGUCACGGUCACCAUGCAACCAAGGAGUCCCUGUCUGGGCACCUGCCCUAACCAGCUGGCCACUCUGCCAUGGACACAAUCUGGACACUUAGGACCUGGCCCGGAGCCUUUUCAUUUGCACUUUCUAGGUUAUAAUGCCUGUGGGCUUUCAAGUCACAGUUCAGCAUCCUCUUUCAACACAGCCCAGAGGCAGAGCCCCAGAAGUCAGUGUGACGUAAAACUUCAGUAACGAAAUUUUAUUACUGAAGCGAGGCUUUAGUAAUGACCUUGCUUCCAUCACCUGGCCCUGUCUCCACCAGCUCCGGAAGCACCAAGGACAACCACUCUCCGGAAGGACCUCUGCCCUGCAGUUAUUCAAGGACAAAAGCUGCCCUCUUGGUGAAACUUGCUGUCUGAAUGUGCUUUUCCACAAAGGAACAUUGGCACAUAUUGCCUUCAGGGUAAUAGGAGUCUUUUGUGAGAAACCAAGAAAUGUUUUCAGUUUGUUCUUCAGAAGCAUUUGUAUAUAUUUUGGUCAGUGUCAAUAAAUAUCUUUUACCUCA